ACCAUUUUAGGAAGGAAACGAACUGGAAAAAAAAAUGAAGUUUCUUCUCUUCACAUUUGUUGGUGCUCACCUUUUAGCCUUGAACUCUGGCAAAGCUAUAUGCAGGAAUGACACCUCGCAGAGGACUUUCCAAGAAAUAAAAGAAGAAAUAGCCUGCUAUGGAGAUGUCGCUAAAGCAAUCAUAGACCUUGCUGUGUAUGGCAAAGCUCAGAACAGAUCCUACGAGCGAUUGGCACUUCUGGUUGAUACUGUUGGCUCCAGAUUAAGUGGCUCCAAGGGUCUAGAAAAAGCCAUUCAAAUCAUGUGCCAAAACCUAAAGGAAGAUGGGCUAGAGAAUGUCCACCUGGAGCCCGUCAAAAUACCCCACUGGGAAAGGGGAGAAGAAUCUGCUAUGAUGCUGGAGCCGAGGAUGCAGAAGAUGGCUAUUUUGGGCCUUGGAAGCAGCAUUGGGACCCCUCCAGAAGGCAUUACAGCAGAAGUUCUGGUGGUGACCUCUUUCGAUGAACUGCGGAGAAGGGCCCAAGAAGCAAGAGGGAAGAUUGUUGUUUAUAAUCAACCUUAUACCAACUACUCCAACACAGUGAAAUACCGAGUCCAGGGGGCAGUGGAAGCUGCCAAAGUGGGGGCUUUGGCAUCCCUCAUUCGAUCGGUGGCUUCCUUCUCCAUUUACAGUCCUCACACAGGUAUUCAGGAAUACCAGGACGGUGUGCCACAAAUCCCAACAGCCUGCAUUACAGUGGAAGAUGCAGAAAUGAUGUCAAGAAUGGUUUCUCGUGGGAGCAAAAUUGUCAUUCAGCUGAAGAUGGGGGCAAAGAACUAUCCAGAUGCUGAUUCCUUCAACACUGUAGCAGAGAUCAUUGGUAGCAAGUAUCCGGAGCAGGUUGUCCUGGUCAGUGGACAUCUGGACAGCUGGGACGUUGGGCAGGGCGCCAUGGAUGAUGGUGGUGGAGCCUUUAUAUCAUGGGAAGCACUCUCACUUAUCCAAGAUCUUGGGCUGCGUCCAAAGAGGACUCUCCGUUUGGUGCUUUGGACUGCGGAGGAACAGGGUGGAGUCGGUGCUUUCCACUAUUAUCAGUCGCACAAGGCAAAUAUUUCCAACUACAGCCUGGUGAUGGAGUCUGAUGCGGGAACCUUCUUACCCUCUGGGCUGCAAUUCACUGGCAGCGAAAAGGCCAGAGCCAUCAUGAAGGAGGUCAUGAGCCUGCUGCAGCCCAUCAACGUCACACAGGUCUUCAGUGCUGGCGAAGGGACAGACAUCAACUUCUGGAUCCAAGAUGGAGUGCCUGGCGCCAGUCUACUUGACGACUUAUAUAAAUAUUUCUCCUUCCAUCACUCCCGUGGAGACACCAUGACCGCCAUGGAUCCAAAGCAGAUGAAUGUUGCUGCUGCUGUUUGGGCUGUUGUCUCUUACGUCGUUGCAGACAUGGAAGAAAUGCUGCCUAGGUCCUAGCAAGAACAAGAAAUAGGGCAAGCACCUUGGCCCUUUCUAGCCAGGAGUCCAGGGUCUUCAGCUUCAGGAAGCCCUUCUUCACCUAACAAUUUCAUCUGAUUCAUUUUCAAAAAACACAGUUUUUCAUGCUAUUACUACCUUUUCUGAUACUUUCCACAUCCUCUGUUUAUAAAAUAAGGAAUGAUUCAUAAAAUCAAUAUAUGGUAGGGAUCACAGUGGAGGCAUUUCUUUAUACCACCUGUAAAACAAUAUUAUUUCUGCUUUUAAAGUAGAAUACUGGAACUAGAAAUACUCUAAUUUUUAUAAGUGUAUUUAUGAACAUUAAAUCAGAUAUGUGACACUAA